UCAGUUGUUAUUUUAAUUCUGAACGAUGAGGUUGAUCAUAAUUCUUAUUACAACAAUUGCACUUCUCUUCUUUUGCAUGUAACGCAGUUUGAUAUGCAACAUUUUAUGGUUUCUAUUCCGGUGCGUAACAGACAGAGAAGGUGGUUUUCCAACACGGGAACACGCCAAGUAUAACUGAAUGCUCAAGAUCUGCUGUCAUUGAUCUAAGUGAUGUUGAAACACCUACAGGAACACAAGAAUCCGCCGUUCGAGAUUUAAUUAUACGCACAAUUGGCGAAGAUGCCUCAAAAAGUUUCGUUAUACAUGUUGAUAAGACAAUGCCAUCCAGAAGUUUUCAAAUUAAGAAGAUAGAAGCAUCCACGUUAAGUAUUGUUGGGUCAGACGGGGUUGCAGCGGCGAAAGGUUUUCAUCAUUACCUCAAGUAUUACUUGCAUAAGCAUAUUGACUGGACAAACACUAAAGUUGAGUUGCAAUUGCCAACUCAGCUUCCAAAUGCCACGAUUUUCUCUAAAUCUGCCAGCAACUUCAUUUAUUACCAAAAUGUUUGUACAUGGAGCUACAGUUUUGCAUGGUGGACUUUUUCCAAUUGGCGCCGCCACAUCGAUUGGAUGGCAAUGAUGGGUGUUACCUUAACAUUAGCACCUAUUCAAGAGCACAUUUGGCACGAAAUCUAUGUUGAAAUGGGCCUGACGAAAGAUGAAAUAGAUGAUCAUUUUGCAGGCGCAGCAUUUCAAGCGUGGCAGCGCAUGGGAAACAUUCGUGGCUGGGGCGGACCGAUACCAYAUUCAUAUAGACGUAUGCAAAAAAUACUGCAACAGCGAAUUUUGAAAGCAGAACGUGAUCUUGGUAUGCGUGUAGCUUUGUCGGCCUUUGCGGGACAUGUACCUGUCGCCAUGACUCGAAUUUUUCCGAACAACACCUUUACACCUGUAGAACGUUGGAACCACUUUCCAGAUAAAUACUGCUGUGGCCUUUUCCUCGAUCCUAGCGACCCGCUAUUUAAUCAAAUUGCAGUCAAAUUUCUUAACAAGACCAUUGAARCUUACGGCAGUGAUARUAUAUACUUUUGCGAUCCAUUCAAUGAAAUUCAGCCAAGGUUCGCAAAUGCUGAAUAUAUGAAUGCCACGGCAUUUCAUAUUCACGAGUCCAUGCGUUUAGUGGACAACUCGGCGGUUUGGCUCUUACAAGGAUGGAUGUUUGUAAAGAAUAUUUUUUGGACAGAUGAAUUGAUCAAAGCUUUUCUGUUGGCAGUGCCGCUUGGCAAAAUGCUAGUAUUAGACCUACAAAGUGAACAAUUUCCUCAAUAUGAACGUACACACUCGUUCCAUGGUCAACCWUUUAUUUGGUGUAUGUUGCACAAUUUCGGUGGAACCCUCGGAAUGCAUGGAUCUGUUGAUAUUGUGAAUACGCAAAUACGUUUAGCAAGAGAUGUGGUAACCACGUCGAUGGUAGGUGUCGGUAUUACAGCGGAAGGUAUCAAUCAAAACUAUGCCAUGUACGAGUUGGCUUUGGAACGCGGUUGGAUGAAAGAUGACUUUGAUUUAAAUAAUUGGUUUGAUGUUUAUGCUGAUGUUCGUUACGGCAUUCGGGAAACCCGUAUGCGUAGUGCUUGGCAGUUACUCCGUCAAUCUGUCUAUUCUUACAAAGGAUUAUUAAAAAUUCGAGGAAAAUAUUCUAUUGCAAGAAGACCCUCCACAAAUCUCAGUCCAUGGGUUUGGUAUAACACUUCGAAUGUUUAUAUUGCUUGGGCUCAAAUGAUUUCGGUUAUAGGAAAUACUACCAUUCCCCUAUACAAUCUUCCGUUUGUCUCCCAUGACCUUGUUGACAUUACUAGACAAUUUUUACAAAUAACCUUCGAUCAACUCUAUAUAAAUUUAAUGGUUGCCUACACAAGUAAGAAUAUGGAGAAGUACGUUUUUAUAGCAGAUAAAAUGCUAGAGGCUCUACAAGAUCUCGAAACAACAUUAGCCACUAAUAUGGACUUCUCAUUAAGUCGAUGGUUAGAAGCAGCRAAGAAUUUGGGACGAACGCCGGUGGAGAAACAGCUUUACGAAAUGAAUGCACGGAAUCAAAUAACUGCAUGGGGGCCUAACGGCCAAAUUUUAGAUUAUGCAACGAAACAGUGGUCCGGUGUUGUGAUUGAUUACUAUCGGCCACGUUGGGCGCUAUUUCUACAAAUGUUGCAAAAAAGUCUAGAGCUUAAUCAAAAAUUUAAUGAGGAAGCAUUUAAACGUACCGUUAGUCAGGAGAUCGAAAACCCAUUCAGUAUCAGCAUUAAAGUAUACCCAUCGGAACCGGUUGGCGAUAGUUUUACCGUUGCUCAGCGAGUUUUCCUCAAAUGGACCACAUACGCUGACGAUUCCCAUUUCAAAAAGUAUUGCAUCAAAUCUAUACGAUAUGUAUGAGCUAAUAUAUGACAAAACUCAUUACGAAGAUAAAUUAUUAUUAGGUAUACAUA